AUGAGGGAAGCAUAUAAUAAUGACUUUGACUCAAACUUGGAAAAGGCGGGCAACUUUGGAAGGGCGCAGCUCACAAUUUUUCUACUGUCAACGUACAUCUCUGCGUAUUCUGGAUGGCAGGCUUACGUUCCAGUUUUUGCCGGUCAAAAAGUGGACUUUUACUCUUGCGGCGGUCGGAAAAGUUUGAACUCGCUGUCAAAUUCAAUUUAUUGGGUCGGAUACUUUAUUUCUUGCUUCGUGACUGGGGCUUUGAGCGACCGAUUUGGGCGAAAGUUUGAAGAAAGUCAAAAACGUCUCAGAGAAAUAGCAAAAAUUAACAAAAAGGACCCUUGUUUGAUUGACUUUGCAUUCGAAAACGAAAAUAGUGUCAAAAGUGAAAGUAUUUCAAAUGUUAGUGUUGACAUAUUCGAAAGAAAAAGAUCGACCCAAAAUUCUGAAAAUGUUAAGAAGGCGAGUUUACUUGACCUUUUUAGAACAUUUCACACUUCAAUGUUGACAUUAACAUGUGCUCUAACUUGGUUUUCAUGUAGUCUAGUAUUUUACGGUUUAACGUACAUCAUCGGAAGUAUCGGUGGUAAUUUGUACAUCAACGCUUAUUUAAUUUCCUCUACAGAAAUACCGGCUUGGACCGUUUUGUUUGCCAUGGAUAAAUUUGGGCGCCAAAAAACAGCUUAUAUGUCCUUAUUCAUAUGUGCCAUAUCUUGUGCAGUCAUACCAUUUACUAAGCCAAUUCUAGAUGGUAAGUUACAGAUUGGGUUCGCUAUGAUUGGGCGUUGCCUAGUAACGGCCUCGUUCAAUUCGCUAUAUGCGUAUACACCCGAACAAUUUCCGACAGUGGUGAGGUCUACUGGGUUUACGUUCUGUUCGUCCUUUGCGAGAGUAGCUUCGAUUUCGGCACCGUUUAUAAUCCAGCUUGAAGUAGGACCUUAUAACAGCUUGCCCUUUUUAAUAUUUGCGGCUUCUGGGUUUAUUUCGAGCGUGUUCGUUUUCUUUUUUGCAAUCGAAACCAAAGGAAAACCUUUCAUUACGACUAUCGAAGAAUUCCAAUUUGCGGCCAAAACAAAAAAGAUUGUUCUGCUCUCGUGAAAAGGCGACGGUUGAUAAAAACCGAUCUCAUAUAAAGAUAUUUAUUUAGAAAAAAAUUCUCAGUGUCGAGAAAAACGCCUGACUGUUUUGUCUCCACUCUUAUUUAGAAUAAG